UGGGCGGGGUCGUAAUGCAUUCCGGGUUGUUCAUUGGCUGCUGCUGUCACGUGCCUGCGUCGUACACACGGAAGCAUCGGCUAUGGCUGACGCCUUUACAAGCUGAACAUCGUUCCCGAAAGUCCCAAACCAUGAAUAUUGUGGGCCAGUUGGCAGAGACGGUGUAUGUGACGGUCAAGGAGCUGUAUUGUGGCCUUAACCCCGCCACUCUCACUGGGGGGAUCGAUGUCAUCGUCGUGCGACAACCCGACGGCUCAUUCCAGUGUUCCCCCUUUCAUGUCCGCUUUGGCAAACUAGGCGUGCUUCGUUCCAAAGAGAAAAUUGUGGACAUUGAGAUCAAUGGAGAAUCGGUGGACCUGCACAUGAAGCUAGGGGACAACGGAGAAGCUUUUUUUGUUGAACAAAAUGAAAACUUUGAGUCCGAAGUCCCCGCCCAUCUCUGCACUUCCCCGAUUCCUUUUGAUGGGCCCAAUGACACAGAGGACACCAACGACAGCUCUUCUCUCUCUGGUUCUGGCACGCGCAGGAAGAGGCGCCGGCGUAAACGUGUGCGCUCAGAUAGUCACCAGAGAGAAGAGUGUGUUUCCUCUUCUGACGAGCAAGAAAAGGACAGGGAGUGGGACAAAGAUCACAGCGGACAAGAUAGUCCAGAUAAAGAUAACCAUGCCACACUUUUGCAAGUCAGUAAGUCAGUGUACUAUUCGUUGUCUGAGGAGCCCGCUGAGGAGCCGGGGGUCAGAGAUACUCAUCGACACUCGGAUGGAGACCAGUCACCUGUUGAAAACGUUUUUGACAGCCGGCCGUCCUCGCCUAAAAGUGACUCCGAGCUCGUGGUUAAAAACCACGACUCCUCUGGGGUACUGAUGCAGUGGAACUGGGGAGGAUUCCCCACGCCGCGUCAAUCGGAAAGACCAUCAGUGGAGCUCCAGAAGUCUGACUCGUCUCAUUUUCGCACCAUUGAGAGGCAAGACUCCUUUGACACGGGCAACGAGCCUGUGAACAACUGUAGCAGAGUGGGCCAGGUUACUGUGGUCAGACCACAACCCAGGACUCAGUCUCUGGACCUGAGUAACCACGCCUUACAAAUGUUGCCCCUGAACUUUGGUGAAGACUUGACCCGAUCACCCUUUAGCGAGCCGUCAAAAUCUGCGACGGCAAAAGAGAGGGAUGACUCGGAAGUCCUUGCCCACGAAGACGGUACGAUGCAUACUGGCCCAGCUGUCGGCAUGAGAGAUGCAGCUGAAGGCCAAAAUGAUAAUAACAGUCAGCUAACGAAACACACAUUGGUCGAAACAAACAUCCCAGACAACGGAAUCGUCGCUCGCGCAGAAUCCUCCACCAUGAUGCAGACCGAGAACGGGGAACCAGUCUGUACCGGCAGCACGCCCGUCUGUGAGGGAGACAGCGGGAUCGAUCCCUGCGUCGAGGGAGGGGAGCAGGAUGGAAGACUUGAAAUGGCUGCUCCGAAAGAUGAAGCCAAAGACGACGGGGUCAGCUGGACAGCUGAUGAGGAGUUAGGAAACUGCGCCGACAUAUUGACCAAACGGGAGCAGCAAGACAAAAAGAAGGGCAGACGUAAUCAUCAUCUCGGACAAACGGGCAUUUACCUGGAUGAUCUGACCUCACUUGACCCCGAGGUUGCAGCACUCUACUUCCCGAAGAAUUCUGAGGUUCUGGGUUCGACUCUCGGGUCUGACCUUCCUGUGUGGAGUUUGCAUGUUGGAACUGGAUCGUCUCCUUGGCAGAGUGAAACGGAGAGUUGCUCCCCUGCUGUCGUCGAGCAAGGCUCCGGCUCAGCAAGUCACUCACCGCAAUCCAUGGGCGCGUUGGACAGUGGUACAGAAUACUUGUCCGAUUCUGCCUCCUACGCCGCAGAGGUCAGCAUGUCCCUCUGUGGACACGUGGGCGACACCAGCCAAAUCACCAAAGAGAAAUUUCUGGAGCACUCCGUGUCAUACGAGGACUUUGUCCGCAACCCUGGAAUCAUCGAUGACCCGAGCCUCGUGAUCUGUAUCAACUCCAACUAUUACAACUGGGCGGUGGCGGCUCCAAUGGUCUUGUCGAUGGCAGCUUUCCAGAAGAAUUUACCCAAGAGUACUGUUCAGAGCCUAGUUAAGGACAAAAUGCCCAAAAAGUCUGGAGGCUGGUGGUUCUCCUGGAGGCGACGAGACUUGGACAACAACCAGCAAGGGCCCUCGAAGAAAGACGACCAGGAAGUACAGCGUGGGGACCCUAGCGUAGUCACAGCCACAAUGGAUGAUGCGGAUCAAGAUGCGGUGGCAAGGCUUGGUCACAAAGCCGUCCUUACUUCGAGCAUGUCAACAGAGACACUUCGCGCAACUCAGUGUCUCACUCAAAUGUACCGCAAAUCACUUCGUCUGACAUCUGAACAGAUAGAGAACUUGAAUCUGCGCGAAGGAGUCAACAAGGUGAUAUUUAGUGUGACCACUCAGUACCAGGGCACCUGUCGCUGUGAGGCCGCCAUCUAUUUGUGGAACUGGGACGAUCGCAUCAUCAUAUCAGACAUAGACGGCACAAUCACAAAGUCUGAUGCUCUGGGACACAUCCUGCCUCAGUUUGGCAAAGACUGGACGCACAAAGACAUUGCCAAACUCUACCACAAAAUUCACCAAAAUGGCUACAAGUUCCUGUAUUGUUCUGCGCGGGCUAUAGGCAUGGCCGCCAUCACUAAGAACUACCUGCAGUGGGUCAACGACAAAGGCACCGUCCUUCCCAAAGGCCCAGUACUGCUGGCCCCAAGUAGCCUCUUUUCUGCACUGCACAGGGAGGUGAUUGAGAAGAAGCCCGAGGUCUUUAAAAUCGCCUGCCUCAGUGACAUCAGGGACUUAUUCAACCCCAAGAGACGGCCCUUCUACGCUGCCUUUGGCAACAGGACCAACGAUGCUUACGCCUACACACAGGUGGGGGUGCUCAACACCAGGAUAUUUACUGUCAAUCCGAAAGGAGAGCUGAUUCAAGAGAUGACCAAAGGAAACAAGUCCUCUUACAGCCACCUCGGUGAGCUGGUAGAGCAUUUCUUCCCCGAGCUGGACGAGAGCGGCUCUUGUGCUUUUGUGUGUCCUGAAUUCAGCAGCGUCACCUAUUGGAAGGAGCCGCUGCCAGAACUGGACCUCGACACACUACUGUAGACGCACCAUCCUUAUUCUCGGCCAAAAAUGCGUAAACAUUGUCUGCCUUAAUAUUUACAGCAAUGUGUUGCGACACAUUUUGUCCCAGCAUGCCUAAUCCCUGCCUUUGAGUGACCUUACCAGUCAAAUCAUCCUCAAGAUGCAAUUUUUCAAGCAAUAUAUUGCCUUUAUUUUUAUUCAUUGCGUUGACAUUCAUUCCAAUUAUUUGUGCAUGGCAGCUUUAACAGCGUCACACAUAUCAGCCCAAAGCAUGGGGGGAGGGGUGAUUCAAUGUAAAGUUGUAGCUACUAUUGCUUAAUUUUGUGACAUGGGGCCAUGAAGCACAAAUCAGUAACAUGACAUUCCUUUUUAGUCGAUAGUUUAUAACUACAUGCAUGGGUAUGGAAUUGUAUUCCUUCUGUUUUGGCAUCUACUAUUCACUUAUUUAAUGUUAACUUCUAAGAUUUUUUUUGUCUCUAUUUUAAUUGUUGGGGCUAUAGACACUACUUAAGAGUUUAGGUUUAAGACUUCUUUAUUGAUCCUGCAUACAAAAUGCAUGGUUGUUGAGUUAUGCUGGGAAUUAUUGAUUCAAUAUCAUGGAAUACAGAAUGAUUGACUCUGAUCGCAAAUUGAAAGGAAAAAUGCGAACAAACGACACAUUUCACUAAAAGGAAGCUUUUAGUUUCUUCUGCACUACUUACUGUACCACCUUUAGAGAUGUUUGUACACUGUGAAUGAGGGAGAUGCUUUUAUAGUGACUUACUGCCACCGAACCAAGAACUGAGCUCAACUGCAAUGAUUUUAAUGAUUAUUUAAUGACACUUAUAUUUAUUUUAUUUUUUUUCUGUGCAUACGUUUCAUGAUAGAAAGAUGGGAUUCAUUGGAGCUGGUUAAAUGUGCUGCUUUGAAAACGAAAUGCAUGUACAGAAAUGGAUGCAUUUGAAAUAAAUAUAUCUGUUUUAAUACGA